AUGGGGUCGCUGGAACGGAAGCGGAUUGCUAUCGUCGGCAGUGGUUGUGCAGGGCUGGGGGCGGCAUGGGCACUCAACAACACCGACUAUGAAAUACACAUCUUCGAAAAAUCGAGCAAACUUGGAGGCCAUACGAAUACUCAAUCCUUCCGGGGCCGCAACGAUGAGACGAUUCAAGUGGAUACCGGCUUCAUUGUCAUGAAUACUGCAACCUAUCCUAAUUUCAUUCGCUUUCUCCAGCAUGUCGGAGUCGAUCCUGUCAAUACUGAAAUGACCUUUGGUGUCUCAAGAGAUCAUGGCGCUUUUGAAUGGUCCGGAGAGACUCGUGGUAUCUUUGCUCAAAGGCGGAAUCUUUUCAGACCAAGGCACUGGCGCAUGAUAUACGACAUAGUUCGCUUCAAUCAAUACGCCCUCGAUCUUCUCAGCGAGCCAGAGGAUGCUUUCGACGGGACUCGCUCGUCAUCGACUUAUGGCGGAACGCAUGCUAUCGACAUGAGUAUUGGUGAAUACCUCGAUAAGUACGGAUAUUCACAAUCUUUCCGAGACGACUACCUCAUUCCGAUGACGGCUGCAGUAUGGAGCACGUCCCCCGACAAAGCCAGUCUGGAAUUUCCAGCAAGAACGCUGAUACGAUUCAUGUGGAAUCAUCAUUUACUUUCGACACUCGCAGAACGGCCGGCCUGGAUGACGAUACCUGGCGGCUCACAGCGCUACAUCGAUGCGAUCGUCAAACAGUUUCCAAAGGAUCGACUGCACAUUCAUCCUUCGUGUGAGGUAGCGAAUGUGGUAAGGCCUGAGCCAGGCGCGAAAGGCUUGGUGACAUUAUCAUGGAUAGACGGAGCAUCAGGACGUAUCGACGGCGAUGCAUUCGACCAUGUGAUACUUGGCUGCCAUGGGGAUGAAGUGCUCCCACUGCUGUCGAAACAUGGAGCGCGCAACAAUCUGGAGUUCGAUAUCUUCUCGACCUUCAAAACAACCGAGAACAUUUGCUACUUGCACUCCGACCUAGCUCUGAUGCCUACGCGAAGGAAAGUGUGGACAAGCUGGAAUUACCUCGUUCAGUCCCAACCCUCAAAGCUCUCUCACCCGGCCGGAGUCACUCUGACAUACUGCAUGAACAUUCUGCAACAUUUUCCAGAAGAGCACCAUGGCCCAGUACUGGUGACAAUGAACCCACAGUCGAGUCCUGAUCCCACGAAAGUGCAAGGAAAAUUCACGUAUCAACACCCACUGUACACUGCCGACGCUGUACGUGCUCAGAAGCGCCUUGAAAGCAUACAAAAUACCAGAGGUGUCAGCUAUUGUGGAGCGUGGACCAAGUAUGGCUUUCACGAGGAUGGCUUCAGUAGCGGCGUCCGCGUUGCGAUUGAGUAUCUCGGAGCUGAGCUUCCUUUCGAGUUUGUAGACUCCACCUACAGCAGAGGCCAAGCUCCGAGACUCAUCUGGAAAGACUACCUCCUAAGACUGGUCCUCAUGGUCAUGCUGAGUUGCAUACGAUCUUUGGAGUGGUUUGUCCAUUUGCCUAUCAUUGCAUCCCUGGUGGGAGUUAGUGGUGUCUUUCUCUCCCGCUUGCUCGACCUCGGCGAGUAUCUCGGUCUAUUGUAA